GCGCUCGCCCGCCCCGGCUCCAGCCGCUGCCGCGCGCGGGCGGGAUGUGGCGCCUGGUGCCCCUGAAGCUGGGCCGCCUGUCCCGUGCACUGAAGCUGGCGGCGCUCGGCAGCCUGUUGGUGCUGAUGCUGCUGCACUCGCCGUCGCUGCUCGCCUCCUGGCAGCGCAACGAGCUCGCCGACCGGCGCUUCCUGCAGCUCAAUAAGUGCCCGGCGUGCUUCGGCACGAGCUGGUGCCGCCGCUUCCUCAACGGCCAGGUGGGCUUCGAGGCGUGGGGCCGCCUGCGCCUGCUGGACUUCCUCAACGUGAAGAACGUGUACUUCGCGCAGUACGGCGAGCCCCGCGAGGGCGGCCGCCGGCGCGUGGUGCUCAAGCGCCUGGGAUCGCAGCGCGAGCUGGCGCAGCUCGACCAGAGCAUCUGCAAGCGGGCCACCGGCCGGCCGCGCUGCGACCUGCUCCAGGCCAUGCCCCGCACCGAGUUCGCGCGUCUCAACGGCGACGUGCGGCUGCUCACGCCCGAGGCGGUGGAGGGCUGGUCGGACCUGGUACACUGCCCCUCGCAGCGCCUGCUGGACCGCCUGGUGCGACGCUACGCGGAGACCAAGGACUCGGGCAGUUUCCUCCUGCGUAACCUCAAGGACUCGGAGCGCAUGCAGCUGCUGCUCACCCUGGCCUUCAACCCCGAGCCGUUGGUGCUACAGAGUUUUCCGUCUGAUGAAGGUUGGCCAUUUGCAAAAUAUCUUGGAGCUUGUGGAAGAAUGGUGGCUGUAAAUUAUGUUGGAGAAGAACUGUGGAGUUACUUUAAUGCACCAUGGGAGAAAAGAGUUGACCUUGCUUGGCAGUUAAUGGAAAUAGCAGAACAACUUACAAACAAUGACUUUGAAUUUGCACUCUACCUCCUGGACGUCAGCUUUGACAAUUUUGCCGUUGGUCCUCGAGAUGGGAAGGUAAUCAUUGUGGAUGCGGAAAAUGUUUUAGUUGCUGACAAAAGAUUAAUUAGACAAAAUAAGCCUGAGAAUUGGGACGUCUGGUAUGAAAGCAAGUUCGAUGACUGUGACAAGGAGGCUUGCUUAUCAUUUUCAAAAGAAAUUCUUUGUGCUCGUGUCACUGUGGACCACAAUUACUAUGCUGUUUGUCAAAACCUCUUAUCUAGACACGCCACCUGGCGUGGCACUUCUGGAGGACUCCUUCAUGAUCCACCAAGUGAAAUUGCCAAAGAUGGCCGGCUGGAGGCCUUGCUGGAUGAGUGCGCCAACCCCAAGAAACGCUAUGGCCGAUUCCAGGCCGCAAAAGAACUGCGUGGAUAUCUAGCACAGUUAAGUCACAACGUGAGGUAGUCGAUGGUGAUCUUUUCCUUCUUGUUGCUGAAAUAGCACUGGUAAAACUAAACCACCAAAAAAACUGCCGAGAACAAACAAAAUGUGGAAGUAUUACAUCAGAGGAUGAUGAACUUGUUCUGAUAGAUCUUACAUUAACAUCCAUUAAAAUAGGACAUUGCAUCAAAGUUCCCACGAUGCUUCUGCAAGUCUGUUCUUCACUUUGGAGACUUGAGAUACCAUUGACUGCUUUUCCCCUUUCCCGUACCUGAGUGGAUUAAUGAUAUUGUUAAGCUAUUGGAAAGGAGUCUGAUAGUUAAAUGGCUUGUGUAUCAAAGGGUACUUGGUACUUAGUUUGCAUUUCUAUCAUGAUUUUGUGAAUCUCUCGCAUUUACUUUGAAUGUCAAGUUAGAUUGGCCUGUUUUAUAGGCCACCUUUUCCUUCUGAUGUGUAAAACCAUUUUCCGUUUUUUUAAAGUUUUACACACCCAAGUUAUUAUAGGUGUUCGCUUACAUUUGAAUAUAAGUAGUUUUCAUUCAGUGCUAUGCGGUACACACUUAACUGUUAGGGCAGGACUCCCAGGUUUACUGUUUUUACAGAGAUCUUAGUAUUUCAUUAUGUAAAUAAUUUACCUCUCCCCAACCUCCUGUGCUUCACCAUUGCAUGAUAUCAUUUCAGGUUAUUUAAGAGUUAAAUCCCUCAAUGCCAGUAAUUAUAAGAAUACACUGAACACACUGUUCAGCAUAUGCUACAAAAUGUCACUGCAUCCUUUGCUCAAAGGCUUUAAGAAUACACUAGCAGUCUACACUUUGAUAACUUUGAUUGAAGAAACAAUAAAACUCAAUGUUUUUCCACGCUAACUAGUCCAAGAUAGUAAUGCAUAUGCCAAAGAAAUACUAGACACAUUUCCACCUUUAGAACUGAAAAUAGAAUUGGUCACCUUCUUAUCCCACUUCAGUAUUUUAGCUGUCACUGUUAACUUAAGAUCUACCUGUUCUUUAAUGUUGACAGUUGAGCUACUGCUUUAAACGAAAUAAUAUAACUUAAAGAACUUCUACCCUUUUGUUCAUUGGUAGUUUUCCCAAAAUGAACAUGCUAAUCAUUACUGGAAUUUAAUGAGGCAUCAGAACCUUUUACUGAUAACACUAAUCAUUUUUACUGUAAAGCUUCUCUCCCCACUGUGAUCUUCUUUACCCAACUGCUAAAUAUCAGAACAUCAAAUUUAAAUAUGUGAGUAGGAAAAUUAACAAAUAAUGUGUGAAAUUUUUGUCUAUUUAAAAACUGUUCUUUGUAAAAGUUGACUCUCACUAGCACAGGCAGUAUUUUUUUUCUGUUUGAAGUUAUUGCUUUUGUUUGCAGUAAAGUUUGGGUUAGUGGGUUCUGGACUGACUUAACUGAAAUCAGAAAGUGAUUAAAACAUGCACAACCAAAGCCAAGUUUGUUCUUUUCAUUCAUUCAGCAACUAUUUAUUAAUCAUCAGGUCCAUGCCAGGUGCAUCUGUAGCUGCUAUAUGCCAUCUGAACAUGACAUGGUCACGUAACUUCAUUACAGGUACUUCUUAAGUUGAAAUACCAUUAUUUAGGAUGACACUUUCAUGUCAUUUGGAUAUUAUGAUGGAAAUUCUCUUUGUACCAUCUUAAAUUAGUUUGUUAACCCAAAGUGGAGGAAGACAGCAAUAAGGAAAAUCCAGGUUUAAAGAUGGGAAGGCAAAAAGUGAGGGUCUCUUUUAUUAAACAAAUUGCACCGUGUUCCUUCUUAAACAUCAGUAUUUUGCAUAGCUCUCAAUGAAACAUUGAAGAUUUCGUUAAGCUGACUUUUUACAACUUCAAAACAUGUUUGAGGGGAGUAGGAAAAGCCAACAAGAAUACUCUUUAGCUUCUUCCUUUGAGCUACUCGGAAAUACACAAUUUCAAAACAGAACACCAUUAUAUUUUUUUAUGUAUUCAUUACACGGAGGCUGGAACUCACAGGAGAGCUGUCUGUGGUUCCACAAACAUCAUUCUAUUUUUGGUAAGUGAUUGCGGUUGUGAUGACAGAGCAGGAGGUGAAGCAGCUCUCCAGGCAGUGACGGCUGCUUCAGGUACAGCUACCAUUAGAGAUUAUAUGGAACUUCUCUUAUCUCUGGAGAAGAUUGAGAAGAUAGUAAAAGAAUUAGGAGUUUACAAUUACAGGGAAAAAUAUGUAUGUGAAAAGCAAUAAAUAUUUUGUUCUCUUUGCUAUCAAGAUGUUCACACUCAGAUAUUUAUUAUACAGCAGCAAUUUAUAUUUUUAAUCAUUGCCCAUUAAUAGACGCAGUAAAAUAUUUUUGAAUCAAACAUUUGGGGUUUGUAUGUGCAUUUAAAUUGUCUUUUGUACUGUACGUUACUGUUUAAUUUGAAUAUUUUAUCAGAACUGUCUCCCUGUGCCUUUAUAAUAUAAAGUUGUUUCUGCAACUUUUAAUGAUCUUAAUAAAGAAUAC